AUGGCACCAUCACCACCAUCUAAUGUAUCUGUCGCGGUCUUUUCUUUUCUCUUAAAGAAGUCGAGAACGACGACAAUGCAAGCGAAAGUAUUUCCCGCUUUCGCCUCCUUUUCGUCCUCCUCUAAACAUAGAAAGAAUGAGUUGGGGAAAAAUCUGCACAAAGAGAGCCAGCUCUCAGGUGAAGCAUCGCAACGCGCGUACUUACGCGACCUGGAACAGAUUCACUUGAAAAAACGCAAACUCGAACACGAACGAGAGGAGAAAGAGGCAAACGUUAAAAGAGAAAUGAUGCGAGAGAUGCUGCUGAGGGAAAAAAAGAGAACGAGUGCACGCGAGGAGAAGGAUUUGAGGAACGUGUUGAUGGCGUUGGUCGGCACGGCCGUGUCCGCGACGUGCUACGCGAUGCAUUACGGAUGA